GAACGAGUGUCGCAGUGCCAACAAGUCGGCGAUGAAGCAGUUCCUUGUGGCCUUACUGGCCGCCUUAUUGGUGGCCGCCGUCCAGGGCGGAAUUCUAAGCAGGAUUUUCCACAAGGAGUCCACCACUACAACAACCACGACAACAACGACCACCGAGGAGCCACGCCAACCCUUAUUCAUCAACAAUAAUGUGCCCGUAAUACCGCAGGACUGUUCGGCGCAUUUCAAGUGCAAAAAGAAGUUGGCCGAUGUGGCAGCUCCACGACCCUGUGUGAGGUACUGCCUCCACCGGAUCAGCUGUCCCAAUGACCAGAACACCUUCGGCACGCCCAACCAGUGCGUCGAUCUCGACGCGCAACAGGUCCACGCAGCCCAUGUGGCAGCCACGGAGUCCCAGGGCGACGGCAAUGCCACCACCGAGAAGCCCAUGAUGGUGGCCAUGAUCGACUUUCCCUGCCAGCCGGGCUAUCUGCCCGACCAUCGUGGUCGCUGUCGGGAAAUCUGGUGAUUCCGUUGGCUGCCGUGACUCGUGUUGGCUGCAUAAUUAUACCUGUGGAAUUUUCUGUUUUUAUAUGCAUAUGCCUGCUCUAAAUAUAAUCAAAUCACAAUAAAACCCAAUAGAUCAGGCCCGUGUGUUCGAACACAGUGAACAA